UUGCAAAUGAACGUGGUGACAUAAAAAUUUUACAAAAACGAGAAUAUAGAACAUUGGUUACAAAAUUUGUUACUACAAGCUCAUAUACUACACAUUUUAAAGUUACAUCAUGUUCGAAUUUACCAAAAGAACCAAAAAAAUGUUGUAACGAUAAGUACUGGUGUGAAGAUGCUUCUUACAAAGAACCAU